ACAACUGUGUUAUACCAAGGGUGACUACUGAGAGCAAUGCGGAAAUUGUCACAACUGCUGGCACUCUUGGAAUAGGAGACUUGUUGGAAUACAGAUGUAAAUCCGGAUUCUCUCACACUGACGGAAGUCUCCACAGAGCAUGUCAAAGAAGUGGGACAUUUUCCGGUUCACCACCAGUGUGCCAAAGUUCUAGUACCGUCCCUGAGCCUAACAAUGAUGCUCCUUUGCUACAGUUACGUAAAAAUCAUUACACACGAUACUCCUACACGGGCCUAAAUGAAAACAUGAGCAUCAAAAAGAGCGGGAAGAUUGUCAAAUGGCGGUUUUUUACUGAGACGAAGGGAACUUUCAGACUGCAAGUCUUGAGGCCAACCUCAGUAGAUAAAACAUUCACUCUGAUUGGUCAAAACGAAGUAUCGGGAACCUAUGUCGGUGGAAUUAAUACAUACGAAGUUCCGCUGGAGGACCAAAUUGAGGUGAAGCCAGGGGACCUGAUAGCCAUUUUCGCCGUCACUGGAGUCAUUCCCUAUGAUACAUGUGACGGGGCAGUGGAAGGGGAAACAUACGGGUCACCUCUCAUGUCGAUGAAGAAAGUUUAUUCCUUGUCUGGAUGGGAUAUUUCGACCGAUUACACAUUCAAGGAAGUAACAGACACAUGUAGAAUUGUCCCCGUCACUGCUUUCAUCCAAUAGAUAAACUUA